AGAUGACACACUUGGGUAAUGAUACGAGAUUUUAGAAGAUGUUAUUUUGUGUGUUGAAUAGUGAGAGAAAAUAGUAUAUUUAUGUUAUUGUGAGAGAUAAUUUUUUUCAAAAAGUGAAAUGUGAUACCUUUUAUGGGACAACCUAAAAAAGAAAGUGUCACGUCUAUUAUGAGACGGAGGGAGUAUUAGUUAUGGCUGUAAAUUAGUAUUACCCUAACGAUCACUCUUUUACUAGAGUGUAUUAUUCAUAGCUCCUUGAUCACUAAAGAACAUCCAGUAUUUGUUUUAUCCUUCUUGAACGUUCAAGCGAGCAUCUCUCGCCGAUGUGGAGAUGUUGACAGCCGAUUCUCCCGCCUGCAAGACUCGCAACUUGUGUUCUGGGCUCACACCAACUACAUUUGCUCUGAGUAUUUAACACAUUAAUACCUUCAACUAAAGAAGUGGUAUGCAUUUCGAUUAAAAAGAGCUUUAAAUUUGUGAAUUUCAAAAAAGUUAAGAAGAAUACAAAAUUCAUGUAAUUUGAAAAUAAGGAAAUGACAAAAAAUGAAGUUCUUAUAAUCCAUUCAUUUCUGAAAUGUAUGAACAUUUGGUUUGAUACAGAUUUUAAUGCAUAAUUGGUAAAGUAAGAAAGAAAUAAAUAGAAUUUUUUUUUUAAAUAUUGUUAGUGGAGAAUAAAUCUCACCUCAUUAAAGAGAAAAAGAGUUUCCAAAUUAGAAUGUUCAUAUAUUUUAGGAACGGACUAAAAAGGAAAUAGUUCAUAUUUUUAAAUGACUAAUAGAGUAUUUAGGUAGACAACAGUAAAAAAGAUUUGGUCGCGAUUAUUGACAUUGAUUUUCCUCACCAUUAUAUUUUUCUCCCAAACACAAAGUACAUAAGAGGGCUAAAGCCCAUAAACAGAACCCAACCCAACCCGUUCUCACAGGCCCAAAUUCCACACUCGAAAAUUGCUUAGGGUUUAUUCAAAUCUAGUUGUAUUAAACACAUCUCUGCAAAAGUUUCAGACUUCUUCAGCUGCGUAGCUUCUUACAAUGGUGCACGUUAGUUUCUACCGCAACUAUGGUAAGACAUUCAAGAAGCCUCGUCGGCCUUAUGAGAAGGAGCGAUUGGAUGCGGAGCUCAAGCUUGUUGGGGAGUAUGGGCUCAGGUGCAAGAGGGAGCUUUGGAGGGUGCAAUACGCUCUGAGUCGCAUCCGAAACAAUGCUAGGAACCUUCUCACCCUUGAUGAGAAGGAUCCCCGGCGUAUCUUUGAAGGUGAGGCCCUUCUUCGUAGGAUGAACAGGUAUGGGCUUUUGGAUGAAAGCCAAAACAAACUCGAUUACGUGCUGUCCCUCACUGUGGAGAACUUUCUCGAACGCCGCCUUCAGACCCUUGUGUUCAAGGCUGGAAUGGCCAAGUCGAUUCAUCAUGCCCGUGUGCUCAUCAGACAGAGGCAUAUUAGGGUGGGAAGACAAGUUGUUAAUGUGGCGUCCUUUCUGGUGAGAGUCGAUUCACAGAAACAUAUAGACUUCUCUCUGACUAGUCCCUUUGGUGGUGGCCGUGCUGGUAGAGUCAAGCGAAAGAAUCAGAAAGCUGCAGCCAAGAAGGCUGGUGGUGGUGAUGAAGAAGAUGAUGAAGAAUAAGCGUAUUGUUUGUAACUUUUCAUUGUUCUUUAUGAAUGAAUGCCUCUUGUUUUCUUUUAUGAUGCUCUGCCUCGCUGUUUGUCAUUUCUUUCUUAGUAUGAGAUUUUAACAAACAUUUUUUGUUGUUUAAGUUGCAAGAAUGAGAAUGAAAAUGAACAUGAUAUUUCCAGCUCUUAA